AUGGUAGGGAGGGAGCAAGAGAUUCCGGGAAAAGGAGGGCUAGAAGCCAGUUUUUCUUGCAAAAAACAAGAUUGCCUCGCUCGCGCCGCUCAGAAGCAACCGACCGCUGUGGAUGUGCAGCUGGCUGAACGAGGAUCCAGGACUCAUGCAUGGUCAUCUCCCAGAUCCCUGCAUGCCCUGCCCCGCUAUGUGCAUGCUGCUGCAGCAGCUACCGGGGGAACGGCUGCCCACACACGGGAGAGAGGGAGCCGAGCGGAAGAGAUCCAGAGGGCAGAUACGAAUAACCAAGGAACAGUCAGGGAGGAGGCAAACAGCGACACGUUCCUAGCUGCUGCCUUGAGCAGCAACAAGUGCAUCGUCUUGAGGUCGCCCUCAGAAACCCCCGGGGGCCCCUCCAGGCGUCACUUGAUUCGAUUGGGGCAUCCCUGGAUUUACGAUUAUGAGAUUAAGAACAUCGGGGCCUUUACAAAGCAGCAAACAGGGGAGAUGCUCCCAGUCUACGACAGCAACGGGGAAUACAUAGGAUCUGGAAUUCUCAGCCGGCAGGCCUCUGUGGCAGUUCGCAUGCUCACAAAAGGCAUCAAAGGCCAAAGCCGCAUAAAUGGCAGCAGGGGGUUUGUAGGAGAGCCCCCCGUUGACGCCUUAGUGACCGGCCGCUUCGUUGCUGCUCUGCAGCGACGGGGCCCCUCCGCUGAAGUAUCCCAGCAUGCGGUCGACAGCAGCAAUUACAACGAUAAAACUUCCGGCGAGAGUGCAUGGCGGGCAGUAGACGGAGAGGCGGAUGGUGUUCCUGGAGUGGAAGUGGAUGUCUAUGGGAAGGCCGCUGUGCUACGCCUUCAUUCCCAAAGCAUGCGCCGCUUCAUCCCAGCCUUUAUUCGCCUUCUAAAGCAGCAACUUUGCCUGGACACCUUGUGCAUCCAGACACUUGAGUCUAAAAAGGAGAAGCUCGCGCAGGGUGGGGCAGAGUACCGCAGCGAAUUGUUGGAAGGGUCUGAUCCAGUGGUGUGGAUUGUGGUGGGUGACUCCCCUUCCGCACGGCUGCCUGUACACUUGUUUCUUCCUCCGUACGCUUCCUUCAGCUCACAAUCCCUGCACCUCCUACCGAUUCUAAGGCGGCAUGUCGCCGGCGGAGCUUUCCUUGCCGUAGACGGCUGCAUGCGAGGGGUCGGGAUCUCCUGUUUGCGGGCGCUGGGAGGCUCCAUUGAGUCUGAGGGGGAAGCUGGGGGGCAGGGAGGCGCAGAGAGUUUGGUGCUGGUAGAGACAUCUGAGACAACCAAUGGCUUAAAUGAAAAGGCGGUGGCCGCAAAUCGCGUUAUGGAUGCCGUGAACUGUAUAUACACUGAGGACGUGGUCAAGGAACUUUACUCUAUGAGGGCCUCCUCCCUAAGGUUUCGUGGAGUGUACAUACACCUGAGGCCUAAGAUUCGCUUCACAGCAUCAGAGCGAGGCGGCCAGUUUGGUCGAUGGUUUCGCCCGUCUUUACGGGGCAUCGAGUCUCAAUGGGCCGCGGCAGCGGCCCUUGUGGAGCCGGGGGGUCUCCUGACCGCCUCCUUGCUGCUGCCGACAUAUCUCAAUUCCUGGGCACUGCGAAGCUUGUGCCGAGCUGCAGAGGCAGCAGGCAGGAGCGCCGCGCUUGUCUACAUCAAUGCAGCCAACGCGAAUGCCAGGUGA